GAGUAGAGAAGAGAGGAGAGGAGAGGAGAGGCGAAAGGGAGUGGAGUGCGCGGUUAUCCGGACGGCCAUUGCGAGUAACUUGUACGUGAGCCGUGGAGCGCGAUUCCGUGUCGUACGGCACGCAAGCGAGAAAUUUCGGUGGACCGACCAUCAUCCCUGUAGUAAAGUGCUCCGUGUGAAGCGAGGGACGCGCACGAGACCCCGGCCCGAUGGCUGAGACCGACAAAUUAAAUAUCGACAACAUCAUAGCUCGGCUCUUGGAAGUAAGAGGAGCGAGACCAGGCAAGAAUGUUCAGUUGACAGAAGUGGAGAUUAGAGGACUAUGUCUCAAGUCCCGUGAAAUUUUUUUAUCUCAGCCCAUCCUGUUAGAACUCGAAGCACCAUUGAAAAUAUGUGGUGACAUUCAUGGACAAUAUUACGAUUUGUUGCGAUUAUUUGAGUACGGUGGUUUUCCUCCUGAAAGCAACUAUCUUUUCUUAGGAGAUUACGUUGACAGAGGGAAACAAUCGUUGGAAACCAUCUGUCUCCUUCUUGCUUAUAAGAUCAAGUAUCCAGAAAAUUUUUUCUUAUUACGAGGAAAUCACGAAUGCGCAUCCAUUAAUAGGAUAUAUGGAUUUUACGAUGAAUGUAAACGUCGUUACAACAUUAAACUAUGGAAAACGUUUACCGAUUGCUUCAAUUGCCUACCUGUUGCUGCGAUAGUAGACGAAAAGAUAUUUUGCUGCCAUGGCGGCUUGAGUCCGGAUUUGCAAAGCAUGGAGCAGAUCAGACGUAUCAUGCGACCGACGGAUGUACCUGACCAGGGAUUGCUCUGUGAUUUAUUGUGGUCCGAUCCCGAUAAAGACACUAUGGGUUGGGGUGAAAACGACCGCGGGGUAUCGUUCACUUUCGGCGCAGAAGUCGUUGCCAAAUUUUUACAUAAACAUGACUUUGAUCUUAUAUGCCGUGCGCAUCAGGUGGUGGAAGAUGGUUACGAAUUUUUUGCCAAACGGCAGUUAGUGACAUUGUUCUCGGCACCAAACUACUGUGGCGAAUUUGACAAUGCAGGUGCCAUGAUGUCGGUAGACGAGACUCUCAUGUGCAGUUUUCAAAUUUUGAAACCAGCCGAUAAGAGGAAAUUCACUUACGGUGGUCUCAACGCUGGACGGCCUGUGACGCCACCGCGGGGCGCAAACAACAAAAAUAAGAAGAAGUGAAAACCUUAGAUUUAUCUUUUCAAAUGUGCGAUGCUUAGGAUCUUACAACUGCUACCGCCCGACCCAACAUUUAUCAAGACAUUAAGACCUUGUAAGAAAGAAAGAAAAACGGGGAGAAAAGAGAGAGAGAGAGAGAAGUGUUAUAAUAAUAAUUAUUAUUAUGAUUAUAUUAUUUUUGAUUGACUACGCGCGCGAAAAAAAAGCCUGUGGAAAUAAUUACUGUAGAGUCGGGAAAACAUCUAUCGGAAAAUCCGGAGGGGCGUUGCUUUUCACAGAGUUUAUCAAAAGUAGUAAGUGAUAGUGCGUAUGUUGUAGCUAAAUGUGUUACCGUAUAAAAACAGAGUAGUAAUGAUGAAACCAACCGAUCGAUUAUAAGACUAGAAAGAAUUUUACGUGAUUUCCAUGAUAUUCUUAACAGUUGCGAAAAGUAACAAGUAGAAAGUGAACAGGCACUUGAACUAUAAUUCAUCUCUCCCAUUCAUCAAUCGUCUACAUCUUAUAGCUUGUUCGUCAUUUGCAUUUACACUCAUCACUAUCGCGAAUAUUUGAUUACUUGAGAGAAGACGUGACCUUUUUCGAUCACUUUACGCCGUGAGAAAAAUUGACAUGAUAAUAAUGUCACACACAUACACACACACAUACACACGUGCACGCACAUAGCGCUCUUGCUUCGUUUCAUUAUGUAAGUACGCUGUUAAUGAAAAUAUCGACACACAAUAAUGAAUUAACGAUCAUCCUAGAUUUAAUUCCCUAAAGUAUAAUAGGUAUUUAUAGCUUGAUACUUCUGUAAGUUGCACAAAUUUGUAAACGACAUCUAUUACGUCAUACAUACUUUUAUAAAUAUACAUUUAUAUGUGUGAACUGUGAAAUACAAAGAAAAAAAAUAGAGAGAGAGAGAGACGAGAUUUUGUUUCAAGAACAAGUGUUUUCGGAGCAUUAACGAUUUAUUAAUAUGCAUAUUACAUAUUGUCUCGCGACAAACGGAAGUAUUUGUAUCGUAGUUAUUAUGGUGGCAAGGCUUCUCUGGAUUAGUUUUACAAUGUUCGUAUAGAAACGUGAGAAAAUAUUAAUCAUGUGUAAAUCAAUACACGCGAACGCGCAUCGUAUAGCGAUUGAUGUCAUUGGUGUCAUUGAUGAUAGGCGAUUCUAAUUUUUGAAAUAAUACGAAAAAGAAGAAGCCUUUUGCGGUCGGGGGGGAGGGGGAGGGGGAAUUCCAUCUUCCGAUCGAGACAGUUCUGUUAACAGGACGAAUCAUCGUUACUGUUAAUAUCAUCAUCUUCAUUCCCCUCGCUCUCCUACCAUGUUUAUUUUAUUCAAUUUCCCAUUCAUCCCAAUCCUCAGCGACUCUAUGAUAGUCGAUGCACAGAUUCAUCCUCGAUAACAUAACAGAAGCUAUAUAAAACGCGAUAGCUACGAGAAACUAGGACGCGAGGAUCUUAUUACGGGAUCUUGAGACCCAUCAUGUUUAGUUUCCUUUCUUCAUAUUUGUACAUUAAUUUCUUUUUUAUAAAUAAAAUUCACAUAAAAACACAUCCACCAUAUAUUUCUUUAGUCAAUGCAUCGCAUCCAUCAUCCCGACGCGACGCAACGACGAUGUCUCAUAUUAUAUACGUCAACUAUAUGUACUAUGCCUAUGUACCAUGCGUAAGUUCGUAACUUUCUUUAAGAUACAUCUAGGUACAUGAACGUAGCUUCAAGUUUGCUAUUCAUCUUGCUAUGUUUAAAUACGAUCAUUCAGAUUGGGCAGAUUUAACUUUACCUCCGUCACAUUCGGAGAUACGUGUACGUACAAAGGCUAAAGCGAUAACACCAAUCGUUAUCUCGUCUUACUAAGCUCCUUGCGAUGCACUUUCGUUACCGUAAACCGUUUGUAAUUCUAGAGAGAGAGAGAGAGAGAAAGAGAGUUCAAUUUAAGUAUUGUGAAUAAUAUCAUACCGUCGUUGAUCAACAAAUGAAAUGUCUAGUCUAGUUGCGUAGUACUUUUUAAAAUGAGAUAUUCGUAUAUUAUACUGGUACGAUGGAACGAUAGAGAAAAAGAAGAAAAAUAGGGACCGUAAUUAAAACGAUAUCUGCGAAUCGUCUCGUUCAAUUUUUCGAUAUUUGGUUAUCGAAAAUGUCGCGUGAAACAAAAAGCUACAAUUGAUGUAUAAAAGUAUACGUCAAUCAUAUAGCUCUUUUUGUUUCACACACGCAAAGUGUAUCAAGUAUAAGUAGAAAUCAUAAAUCGAGCCAAAAAUUAAGUCACGACAAGCCGGCCAAAGAUUUUCGACUUGUUUACUUUUCUAUAAGUAAUCAACAAUUAGAUUUAUUAUUCCACUUACUCAAUAAUCAAUUCUCAUGUAAGUGUUUUAUUAACAGUUAUUUAUGUAAAUAGCAUUAGAUUUAUUAAUAGCUAUUAUAUAUCGAGUGAAGAAUCGAUACACAUCGCGGGAAGGCCGAUUAUGCCAAAAAGGCUGUCUCAUGCACGAGUGAAAUUGUUUCUUACCAAAGGGUUUAAAGAAAAAGGGUUUCUCGCUUGUCGCGAGAGACGCCACAAAGGCUUAAUUGUCACACGAGGGGAAGAAAUCAAGGUGCGUCACUCGUGCGAUCUAAUUGUAAGAGCAGAUUAUAGUCGACUCAAAUUCCACGAGAAUUGCGCGAAACGCGGAGAGGCAUAAAAAAAAAAAAAAAAAUUUCUUUACACGCCUUUACUGAACUUACGAGAAAAGAGAGGAGAGUGAAAAUAAUUCGAGCUUACUGCGCGAAAUAUCUUAAAAAUAAUCAGAUCAAGUUUUCAGAUUCCUUUUAGCGCAUAGCGAACGUUUCUUUCUUUCCGAUAAAAUAUAUACGUAUGUAUAAGGUUUUAAUUUGUUACGGGCAUUCGUUCAAAAUGCCCGUAGAUCGAGGCCGAGGUCAAGGUCUCGUCGGCAAAAUCAAUGAAAAAUAUCUUUUCUCUCGUGCGCAUUCGAUCGAAGAUUUAAAUUGUCUUAAUCUAAAAAAAAGUUUUACAAUGGAGCCAAAGGAAGAUCUUACCAAACGUUUCCAAAUAAUCUUGGAAUCUUAAUAUUACAUUACACAUUAAUAUAAAUAGAACGCGCAGAAAUUUAUGAAUGUCGAAGUGAGACACGAGCAAGCAUGACGUGGAUCUAUAAAAGUUGUAGUAUAAUUACAAUUACAAUUAAUAUAUUCCAUUCGGCACUAUAACAACAAUUGUACGUAUAGUAUUAAGUAUUAUGAAAUAACUCUGUGAAAAGAAAAGAAAAGAAUUUCUGAUUAAAUUGAAGGAUGCGGAACCUUAA